AAAUGGAAAUUGACGGUGAAAGCAACAACUGCUGGCGACGACUUCGUGUAGGAUGCGCCAAAAAGAAAACGCUGGUUUUGUUGGUUUUCGUGACUUUAAUUUACCUCGUGCUGCACUGGGACGUGACCAAGUGCGCCGAUUUCUUAGAAAGGCCGCACGAGAAUCACAGAAUCCGUCUGAAACCCGCCGCAUCACCGGCUUUUAACGUUUUCGACUUGGGACCGCAAGAUUACCAACGUCUGGUCGAUUUAAACGAUUUUUAUUUCACCAUAAUCGAUCCUGAAAUAUGUAACGCCCCUGUCUUCCUGCUGGUGUUGGUAUCUUCCGCUCCUGACCACCUGCACCAGAGGCUGAACAUCCGCACCACCUGGGGUCACCGGAGGACGGAAGUAAGGAUUUUUUUCGUUUUGGGCCGGGUACAAGACAACAACCUCCAGAGAGAUAUAGAGAACGAAAGCGAAAUUUACAGAGACAUCAUUCAAGGGAAUUUCUUGGAAGCGUAUCGGAAUUUGACGUAUAAAACCAUGACUGCCUUCAAGUUUAUGCUGUAUCACUGCGAAAAGGCUUCGUAUGUGUUGAAAAUGGAUGACGAUGCUUUUGUAAACAUGCCUUUGUUACUGAAUUUCCUGAAAAACGAUCUUUCGGUGUACGGAACAGAUAAUUUGUUUCUCUGUAACGACAUGACUGGUUCCCCGGUGAUUAGGGAUGCUCAUUCUAAAUGGUACGUCUCGGAAAUGGACUUGCCCGGUGAUGUUUAUCCUAGCUACUGUGCCGGAUGGUACGUGCUUCUUUCACCAGAUGUCCUCUUUCGUCUGUAUGAAUCCACGCAAAAACUGAAGUACUUAUCGAUUGACGAUGCUUUGAUCUAUGGUAUAGCCGCACAAGAAUGUAACCUAAUUCACACAGACUUCAGUAGAUACACUCUGGCCUUCAGAAGAUUGGAUCUUCUAUUUAAUGGAACUUAUGACUGGCUGCCUUUGUUGUUUGGGGCUCCAAAUAUGAAUCCCGAGCAAAUUAAGAACUGUUGGCUGUUUUUUCGUACCAGGCCUGUCUUGGCAUCAUUGAGGGGCGCCUUGGGCACUUAAUAAAGAAAAAUAGAGAACGGUAUUUCUUUCAGAAUAUCUGUGAACUUUAUUGUUGUGUUUUACGAAUAAGAGUUUGACUUUCACUUUUAAUAUCGUGUCUCUUCGAAGAAAAUGAUCUUGUAAUUGGGAUUUUGUGAUUAAAUAGUAAAUUAAAACAGUCUAAUAUCACUUACUUUUAUUUCCUUAGUUAUGUUGACUUAAAUGUACAAAAUGUUCUGAAAAUAAUAAGGCUAUUAUGAAUAAACUGUUUUUUUAUACAGGGUGAGUCUUUUUCACUGCUGAUAGAUCUCGAUAAAGGAACAUAAUAAUUUUUCUUUACCGUUUUUCAAAUUAAGUCCAAAAUAACCGUGUUAUAUUUUAAAUUUUGAAAAUUUAAAAAAAAAAUAUUUUUUGCUUAUAUUUUGAGAACCACUGGUCCUUUUCUAGAUUUUCUUUCUUGCGAAUUUAAUCAACUGCGUAAUGUUUAUCAACAUUUUCAAAAAAUUCUAAAUUAAAGAUAAAAAUUGGCGAAAAAAAAACUCAGAGAGAGAAAUAUACUACCCCUAAAAUAUUUGUAUUUUUUUAAGGCUAAGGCUCAUCCUGUAUAAAAAAAGCAUAUUAUUGCAAGUUUUUUUGUAUGAUUAUAUGUUUUAACAACACUUAUAAAUCUAUUUUUCAAUAUACAUAAAAAAAAUUACAGCUUUCUAAUAAUAAACUGGCCAUUUUACGAGUUUUGAUGUUAUUAUUUGAGUCCAUUGAAAUUAUGUUCUAAUAAAAAAGUGUUUUUCACCUUAAAAUCACUUAAAAAUGGAAAUUGACGGCGAAAGUAACAACUGUUGGCGACGCAUUGUACAGGUAAAUUAUAAUUCUUUCUACGAG